GACUUUCCCCCCUCCCCUCUUCGUCUUUAUAUCAACUCAAAACCUAACCCUAAACCCCCCUAAAAUAAAACAAGAUCUCAUCUUUUUCUCAUCCUCACGCCGCCGUCGUCGUGGUCAUUGUCGUCGACGCCGUUGCUCCUCCGCUCGUUGACGCUAUUGAUCCGCCGCCACUCGUCGUGGGGAGCUAGUGCCGCGGUUGGUGCACCACAGCGAGGAUCUUUCGGUUUGAGGUAUAAAUAUUGUCUGAGCAGGGAGGCUAUCCCUCAUAUAGGGAUGAAGUCUUCGGAUUGUGAUAGGUGACAGGUAAUAGGAGGGAACGUGGGGACCGAAGCAGCGACAGCUGCACUAGUAGCUAUAGCUGUCGCUUAGGAGGCCACUACAAAAGCGGCAUUAGCAGCCUUGACUGCAACUGCAGUCGCAACUGCGAUUUCCAGAAGUCUCCGUGGAGUGCUUGUUCUUUUUGGGCAUUUCAAGAGCGGCGUUCCAUGAGGGAGUGUGAGGAGAAGACAGAGAGUGGGUUGGGAGAAUACGGGGGGUGUUAAAUAGGUCGAGAAAGUUCUCGAAAAUUUGAAGUUUGUUACGAAAUCAUACGAGGUCGUGUCGUUGGUGAUCGAAAAGUUGUUAUUAGUAGGGUCCACAGGUUGGGAUGCCCAAUAGUAGCAUGGUUUCUGUUAUGGGAUAUGGUUCCAGGUCAGGGUGCCGAGUAAUCGUUCGGUGUUUUCACAUCUAAAAAUUAUUUGGAAUAGGGUCCAUAGGUCAACUGUUAUGAGGUAGGGUCCACCGAGCUAGACGUACAUCGGGUCCACAUAUCAGCUUUACCUUGUCAGUGUAAAACAAUUCUAACCAGUUCACCUAACAUGCUGUCACACUCAAAUUGCAUGCUUGCUUGUCCAGCCCACCCCGUCUAUCAAGCAUGACACUUUAGGUGGAUUCGAGUUCGAUUAAAAUAAGUAUAUUAUAAAAAACUCUCAAUCUAAACUAGAUUAGAAUCCGAAUUUAAUUCAAAAAUGUUAAACCUGCAUAAUCUGUCCUACCCGCAUAAUCCGCCCGAUCCGAAAAAAAAAUCAUAUUUUCUCUAACAUUUUUUUACUUUUAUCCUAAUAUUUUUUCAUCAUGCUAUCAUUCUAUUAUUUAUGUUAAAUUCUGAAUUUUUUAAAAAUAAUUAGUUCAAAUUUAAGAUUAAUUAUCCAAUUUGGGCAAAAGUUAUUUUGUCCUAAAUAGGUCACACCAAUUCAAAUGGGUUGGAUUGAAGGGGUCAGAUUGGACAAUCUGAUCAGGCCAUUUGGGUUGGUUAAUUUGAUUAGACGAGUAAUUUUAUUGGGUUACAUCAAUCAGUUGAUCCGUAAGGGCGUACAUCAAUCAGUUGAUCCGUAAGGGCUAAAUGGAUAGGUCUUUUUGGCAGAUUGAAGUCAGACCAGUUGGUAAAUCCUAGCUGAUCAAUCUAGGCAUGCCAAAUCAAUGGGAUGGUUUUCUGGCUGAUUGGUUCAAGCUAGUUUGUUGGGUAAGCUGGGUCCAUUUGUGCUUGUGGGUUGGCUGUGAUGAUCAAUCAAGGCAAAAUUGUUGGAUCAAUUAAUUUGAACUAGUCAAGUGGCCUGACCUACUUACGACAAAUUAACUUUGGCCCAAAUUGCAUGAUUAAUCCCAAAUUUGAAUUGUUUAUUUUUUUUAAAAUUCAGAAUUUAACAUAAAUAAUAGAAUGAUAGUAUAAUGAUAAAUUAUUGAGAUAAAAGUGAAAAAAUUAGAGAAAAUAUAUAAAAAAAUCCUGGUCGGGCGGAUUAUGUGGGUAGGUUGGAUUAUUCGGGUUUAAAAUUUUCAGAUUCUGAUCGGAUUUUGAUUGAGAGUUUUUUUACAGUUUUCUUAUUUUAAUCUGACUCGAAUCUAUUCGAAGUGUCAUCCUUGAUAAACUGGGUGGAUUGGACCAGGGUUUUCAAUAGCGGUGAAUAGCGCGCUAUCGCGCGCUACGAUCAGCGAACGCUCUGCAGCGUUUGUUGAUUAGCGAUUGUCCCGAAUAGUCCACGCUAUUCGGGACAAAAGCGUAGAUAGGCGCUAUCAUGACUUAGCGGCCCAUAGCGGGCACUAGAAUUGUAAAUUGCUUACACAAUAAGUAGGACAAAGGCGUCGAAUCGUGACCGUCGAGGUAGGGCAGAGGCGACAGGCGGCGAUCGGCGAGGGACAACUUGCGAGAGGUGAGCGGCGAGCAGAGACCUGUGAGCGACCGCGAGCAGUGACCUGUGAUCGGCGGGCGACAAGGCGAGCGGCGAGCAGUGACCUGUGAGCGGCGGCGAGGGACAACGAUUAGAGGUAAAAGUUUCUCCUUCCUUUCGUUUUCUUCGUUUCUUCGUUUUUUCUGUUUUUUUUUCCCUCAAAGGAGCAAGGAUUUCACGAGUCGGGUAUCUGGAUCGAGUGAUCGAUCCAGAUCCUUUAUGUUCGAACAGGGCAUCUGGAUCGAUCCAGUGAUCGAUCUAGACGCCCUGGAUCAAUCCAGUGAUCGAUCCAAUAAUCGAUCUUCUAGAUGCCUUGAUUGAUUCCCAUUUUUUCUAAUUAAUUAAUUAUUUGUUCUGAUUUUUUUCUUUUAUUUUUUUAGGAUUUUGAUUGUCUGGUUAGAAUUUACAAUGUGUACGAAUUUGUCAGAAAAAAGAUAAAAAAGAUAUUGGUUGGAAAUAUUAUUAUCAAAAUGAAGGGGAAAAAUCUGUUCGGUGCAAAUUUUGUCAUCAUAUAUCGAAUGGAGGGAUUACUCGCUUGAAGAAAUAUUUAGCUCAAACUCAUAAAGGGGUUGCACCUUGUGUUAGUGUUCCAGAUGAUAUUAAGAAAGAAAUUAGAGAAUCAUUUGACAAAAUUAGAGCAUCUAAAAGCAAACAAACCGAAUUGUUACGAGAGAUUGGUGAAGAUCCCCAGAGUAUGAGUGCGCAAUCAUCAAAAGUUGGAAGUGUAGGGGGAAAUUCAAUUGGAUGUUCUGGUAGUGGUGAAUCAAAAGGUAAAGGUAUCCUUCAUGGAUUUGUUAGUUCUGAACCUCGACAAACAACUCUAAAUUCGACAUACAAAAAAGAUUUACUGGUUGAUGUGAAUCGUAGAGUUGGUCGUUUUAUUUAUUCUGUCGCAUUUCCGUUUAAUGUUGUGAAUGAUCCUUAUUGGUUGCCUAUGGUUGAGGGCAUUGCGAAAUAUGGAAGAGGGUUCAAACCUCCUUCAAUGCAUGAGUUAAGAACUUGGAUACUUAAAGUUUGGGUUGAUGACAUUAACCUAAUAUACGAGGAGCAUAAAAAAGCAUGGAAAAAAUAUGGAUGCACUAUUAUGUCCGAUGGUUGGACGGAUGGAAAGAAUAGAAGUUUGAUUAAUUUUUUAGUAAAUAGUUCCGCCGACACUUUCUUUUUGGAAUCUGUUGAUGCAUGAACUUCUAUUAAAAAUGGGGAAUCGAUCUUUAAAUAUCUUGGUGAUGUUGUUGAUGAGGUGGGAGAGGAAAAUGUAAUUCAAAUUGUCACGGAUGCUUCGAAUUGCAUUAAGGCGAGGAAAAAAAUUAUGGAGACUGGACAUAGAAUUUGGUGGACACUUUGUGCGACGCAUUGUAUUGAUCUAAUAUUGGAGGAUAUUGCAAAGUUGAAGAUUUUUUCCAACACAAUUGAGCAAGCUAAGAUGGUAGUGAAGUUCCUUUAUGGUCAUGGAACUAUACUUUCUUUGAUGAGAAAGUAUACAAACGGUAAAGAAAUUCUCUGUCCCGCUGUUACUCACUUUGCUACUUCAUUUCUCUCUUCAGAGUAUGUAUAAGGUUAAAUGGAUACUUGAGCAAAUGUUUACUUCCGAAAAUUGGGUUAGUUCACCACUAUCUCAAACAACUCAGGGGAAGGUCGUGAAGAGAAAUUGUUAUUAAUGAUCCCAACUUUUGGCCACAUGUUGCAUUUUGUGUUAAGAGUGUUGUUCCUCUUGUAAGUGUGUUAAGGGAAGUUGAUUCGGAGGAGAGAUCGAUCAUGGGAUAUAUUUAUGAACUUAUGGAUAAGGCAAAAGAGACAAUAAAAUUUAAUUGUGGGGGAGUUGACAGAAAUACAAGCCACCAUUUGGAAAAAAAUUGAUUCACGAUGAACUCCACAACUUCAUCAUCUUCUACACGCGGCAGGGUACUAUUUGAACCCGCAAUUGCCUUAUGAAGAAAGGUUUUCUGAUUGUGAUGAAGUUAGAGAUGAAUUGUAUACUUGCAUGGAUAGGAUGUGUUGUCUUCUGAUGAUCGCCUUAAAGCAGACAUCUAAUUGGAGUUGUAUAAUAAAGCUGAAGGAGAAUUUGAACUCCAAUAGCAAAACGAACAAGAAUGUUACGAACUCCGGGUAAAAUUUUCUUGUAACCGUUCUUGUAAAAUUAUAUUAUCAUUCAUAUUUUAAAUUAUGUACAUUCUUUUAAUUUUUUUUUUAAUGUUAUUACAUAUUAGUCUCGUGGUGGGAAUGUUUUGGAAGUAAGACACCUGAGCUUACUGCAUUUGCAAUUCGAGUGCUUGGUCUCACCUUGUGUUAGUGUUUCGGAAGAUAUUAAGAAAGAAAUUAGAGAAUCACUUGACAAAAUUAGAGCAUCUAAAAGCAAACAAACCGAAUUGUUACGAGAGAUUGGUGAAGGUCCUCAGAGUAUGAGUAUGCAAUCAUCAAAAGUUGGAAGUGUAUUGGGAAAUUCAAUUGGAUGUUCUGGUAGUGGUGAAUCAAAAGGUAAAGGUAUCCUUCAUGGAUUUGUUAAUUCUGAACCUCUACAAACAACUCUAAAUUCGACAGACAAAAAACAUUUAUUGAUUGAUGUGAAGCGUAGAGUUGGUCGUUUUAUUUACUCUUCCGCAUUUUCGUUUAAUGUUAUAAAUGAUCCUUAUUGGUUGCCUAUGAUUGAGGGCAUUGCGGAAUAUGGAAGAGGGUUGAAGCCUCCUUCAUUGCAUGAGUUAAGAACUUGGAUACUUAAAGUUGGGGUUGAUGGCAUCAACCUAAUAUAUGAGGAGCAUAAAAAAGCAUGAAAAAAAUAUGGAUGCACUAUUAUGUCCGAUGGUUGGACGGAUGGAAAGAAUAGAAGUUUGAUUAAUUUUUUGGUAAAUAGUUCCGCCGGCACUUUCUUUUUGGAAUCUGUUGAUGCAUCAGCUUCUAUUAAAAAUUGGGAAUUGAUCUUUAAAUAUCUUGGUGAUGUUGUUGAUGAGGUGGGAGAGGAAAAUGUAAUUCAAAUUGUCACGGAUAAUGCUUCGAAAUGCAUUAAGGCGAGGAAAAAAUUUUUGGAGACUAGACAUAGAAUUUGGUGGACACUUUGUACGACGCAUUAUAUUGAUCUAAUGUUGGAGGAUAUUGCAAAGUUGAAGAUUUUUUCCAACACAAUUGAGCAAGCUAAGAUGGUUGUGAAGUUCCUUUAUGGUCAUGGAACUAUACUUUCUUUGAUGAGAAAGUAUACAAACGGUAAAGAAAUUCUCCGUCCCUCUGUUACUCAUUUUGCUAUUUCAUUUCUCACUCUUCAGAGUAUGUAUAAGGUUAAAAGGCCACUUGAACAAAUGCUUGCUUCCGAAGAUUGGGUUAGUUCACCACUAUCUCAAACAACUCAGGGGAAGGUCGUGAAGAGAAUUGUUAUUAAUGAUCCCAACUUUUGGCCACAUGUUGCAUUUUGUGUUAAGAGUAUUGUUCCUCUUGUAAGUGUGUUAAGGGAAGUUGAUUCGGAGGAGAGAUCGACCAUGAGAUAUAUUUAUGAACUUAUGGAUAAGACAAAAGAGACAAUAAAAUUUAAUUGUGGGGGAGUUGACAGAAAAUACAAGAUCAUUUGGAAAAAAAUUGAUUCACGAUGGACUCCACAACUUCAUCAUCCUCUACACGCGGUCGGGUACUAUUUGAAUUCGCAAUUGCGUUAUGAAGAAAGAUUUUCUGAUUGUGAUGAAGUUAGAGAUGGAUUGUAUACUUGCAUUGAUAGGAUGUUGUCUUCUGAUAAUCGUCUUAAAGCAGACAUCCAAUUGGACUAGUAUAAUAAAGCUGAAGGAGAAUUUGGAACUCCAAUAGCAAAACGAACAAGAAUGUUGCGAACUCCGUGUAAACUUUUCUUCUUUAACCGUUGUAAAAUUAUACUAGCAUUCAUAUUUUAAAAUUAUAUACAUUCUUGUAAUUUUUUUUAAUGUUAUUACUUAUUAGUCUCGUGGUUGGAACAUUUUGGAAGUAAGACACCCGAGUUUACUACAUUUGCAAUUCGAGUGCUUGGUCUCACCUUGUGUUAGUGUUCCGGAUGAUAUUAAGAAAGAAAUUAAAAAAUCACUUGACAAAAUUAAAGCAUAUAAAUGCAAAUAAACCGAAUUGUUAUGAGAGAUUGGUGAAGGUCCUCAAAUUAUGAGCAUGUAAUCAUUAAAAGUUGGAAGUGUAGGGGGAAAUUCAAUUGGAUGUUCAGGUAGUGGUGAAUAAAAAGGUAAAGGUAUCCUUCAUGGAUUUGUUAGUUCUGAACCUCGACAAACAAAUCUGAAUUCGACAUACGAAAAAGUUUUACUGGUUGAUAUGAAGCGUAGAGUUGGUUGUUUUAUUCACUCUGUCGUAUUUCCGUUUAAUGUUGUGAAUGAUCCUUAUUAGUUGCCUAUGAUUGAGGGCAUUGCGGAAUAUGGAAGAGGGUUGAAGCCUCCUUCAAUGCAUGAGUUAAGAACUUGGAUACUUAAAGUUGGGGUUGAUAGCAUCAACCUAAUAUAUGAGGAGCAUAAAAAAGUAUGGAAAAAAUAUGGAUGCACUAUUAUGUCCGAUGGUUGGACGGAUGGAAAGAAUAGAAGUUUGAUUAAUUUUUUGGUAAAUAGUUCCGCCGGCACUUUCUUUUUGGAAUCUGUUGAUGCAUCAACUUCUAUUAAAAAUUGGGAAUUGAUCUUUAAAUAUCUUGGUGAUGUUGUUGAUGAGGUGGAAGAGGAAAAUGUAAUUCAAAUUGUCACGGAUAAUGCUUCGAAUUGCAUUAAGGCGAGGAAAAAAAUUAUGGAGACUAGACAUAGAAUUUGGUGGACACUUUGUGCGACGCAUUCCAUUGAUAUAAUGUUGGAGGAUAUUGCAAAGUCGAAGAUUUUUUCCGACACAAUUGAGCAAGCUAAGAUGGUUGUGAAGUUCCUUUAUGGUCAUGGAACUAUACUUUCUUUGAUGAGAAAGUAUACAAACGGUAAAGAAAUUCUCCGCUGCUCGCUUUGCUACUUCAUUUCUCACUCUUCAGAGUAUGUAUAAGGUUAAAAGGCCACUUGAACAAAUGUUUGCUUCCGAAGAUUGGGUUAGUUCAGCACUAUCUCAAACAACUCAGGGGAAGGUCGUGAAGUGAAUUGUUAUUAAUGUUCCUAACUUUUGGCCACAUGUUGCAUUUUGUGUUAAGAGUGCUGUUCCUCUUGUAAGUGUGUUAAGGGAAGUUGAUUCGGAGGAGAGAUCGACCAUGGGAUAUAUUUAUGAACUUAUGGAUAAGACAAAAGAGACAAUAAAAUUUAAUUGUGGGGGAGUUGACAGAAAAUACAUGACCAUUUGGAAAAAAAUUGAUUCACGAUGGACUCCACAACUUCAUCAUCCUUUACACGUGGUCGGGUACUAUUUGAAUUCGCAAUUGCGUUAUGAAGAAAGAUUUUCUGCUUGUGAUGAAGUUAGAGAUGGAUACUAUACUUGCAUGGAUAGGAUGUUGUCUAUCGUCUUAAAGCAGACAUCCAAUUGGACUUGUAUAAUAAAGUUGUAGGAGAAUUUGGAACUCCAAUAGCAAAACGAAAAAGAAUGUUGCGAACUCCGGGUAAAAUUUUCUUCUUGUAACCGUUCUUGUAAAAUUAUAUUAGCAUUCAUAUUUUAAAUUAUGUACAUUCUUUUAAUUUUUUUUAAUGUUAUUACUUUUUAGUCUCUUGGUGGGAAUGUUUUGGAAGUAAGACACCCGAGCUUACUACAUUUGCAAUUCGAGUGCUUGGUCUCACCUUGUGUUAGUGUUCCGGAAGAUAUUAAGAAAGAAAUUAGAGAAUCACUUGACAAAAUUAGAGCAUCUAAAAGCAAACAAACCGAAUUGUUACGAGAGAUUGGUGAAGGUCCUCAGAGUACAAGUAUGCAAUCAUUAAAAGUUGGAAGUGUAUUGGGAAAUUCAAUUGGAUGUUCUGGUAGUGGUGAAUCAAAAGGUAAAGGUAUCCUUCAUGGAUUUGUUAAUUCUGAACCUCGACAAACAACUCUAAAUUCGACAGACAAAAAAGAUUUAUUGAUUGAUGUGAAGCGUUGAGUUGGUCGUUUUAUUUACUCUGUCGCAUUUUCGUUUAAUGUUAUAAAUGAUCCUUAUUGGUUGCCUAUGAUUGAGGGCAUUGCGGAAUAUAGAAGAGGGUUGAAGCCUCCUUCAUUGCAUGAGUUAAGAACUUGGAUACUUAAAGUUGGGGUUGAUGGCAUUAACCUAAUAUAUGAGGAGCAUAAAAAAGCAUGGAAAAAAUAUAGAUGCACUAUUAUGUCCGAUGGUUGGACGGAUGGAAAAAAUAGAAGUUUGAUUAAUUUUUUGGUAAAUAGUUCCUUCGGCACUUUCUUUUUGAAAUCUAUUGAUGCAUCAGCUUCUUUUAAAAAUGGGCAAUUGAUCUUUAAAUAUUUUGAUGAUGUUAUUGUUGAGGUGGGAGAGGAAAAUGUAAUUCAAAUUGUCACGGAUAAUGCUUCGAAUUGCAUUAAGGUGGGGAAAAAUAUUAUGGAGACAAGACAUAGAAUUUGGUGGACACCUUGUGCGGCGCAUUGCAUUGAUCUAAUGUUGGAGGAUAUUGCAAAGUUGAAGAUUUUUUCUGACACAAUUGAGCAAGCUAAGAUGGUUAUGAAGUUACUUUAUGGUCAUGUGACUAUACUUUUUUUGAUGAGUAAAUAUACGAAUGGUAAAGAAAUUCUCCGUCCCGCGGUUACUCGCUUUGCUAUUUCAUUUCUCACUCUUCAGAGUAUGUAUAAAGUUAAAAGGCCACUUGAACAAAUGUUUGCUUCCGAAGAUUGGGUUAGUUCACCACUAUCUCAAACAACUCAGUGGAAGGUCAUGAAGAGAAUUGUUAUUAAUGAUCCCAACUUUUGGCCACAUGUUGCAUUUUGUGUUAAGAGUGUUGUUCCUCUUGUAAGUGUGUUAAGGGAAGUUGAUUCAGAGGUGAGAUCGGCUAUGGGAUAUAUUUAUGAACUUAUGGAUAAGACAAAAGAGAUAAUAAAAUUGAUUCACGAUGGACUCCACAACUUCAUCAUCCUCUACUCGCGGUCGGGUUCUAUUUGAAUUCACAAUUGCGUUAUGAAGAAAGAUUUUCUGAUUGUGAUGAAGUUAGAGAUGGUUUGUUUAUUUGCAUGGAUAGGAUGUUGUCUAUCGUCUUAAAGUAGACAUCCAAUUGGACUUGUAUAAUAAAGCUGUAGGAGAAUUUGGAACUCCAAUAGCAAAACGAACAAGAAUGUUGCGAACUCCGGGUGAACUUCUCUUCUUGUAACCGUUGUUGUAAAAUUAUACUAGCAUUCAUAUUUUAAAAUUAUAUACAUUCUUGUAAUUUUUUUUUUAAUGUUAUUACUUAUUAGUCUCGUGGUGGGAACAUUUUGGAAGUAAGACACUCGUGCUUACUACAUUUUCAAAUCGAGUGCUUGGUCUUUCUUGUAGUGUUUCGGGAUGUGGAAGAAAUUGGAGCACUUUUGAAUCGGUGAGUAUUCUGAGUUUCUAGCUCUACUUGAAUUUUAAUUAUUUUAUAAUUUUUAUAUCAUCGUUUAUUUUUAAUUUAUAUAUAUAUGUUUUCUUAUUUGUAAUAUUAGAUUCAUACAAAAAAGAGAAAUAGGCUUGAACAUGUAAAGUUGAAUGCGUUGGUGUUUGUGAAAUAUAACUUCAAACUUAGGGAGAGAAACAUUAGGAGGAGAGACAAGAUUGAUCCCAUUGUGGUUGAUGAAAUUAAUUCGGAUGAUAAAUGGAUAACUGAGAAAGAAUGUCCCGUUCUCCUCGUAACUACUAAAUGGCUUGAAGAUGAUGAAUUAUUUGAAAGUGAUCCUAUUGUGAGUGUGCCCUCGCCUACUUUUGAAAGUUUUUUCGACUUAGUUAAGCGAAUCGAAGAUGUUGAGAAUAUAGUUGAAGUUCCUCCUACGAAUUAAAAAAAAAAAGUGUUGUUGAAAAUUCAAAUAAGCACUAAGCAUAUGCAAAUUAUUUAUUUAUAUUUACUUCACCUAUAAUUGGUUCUUAAAUGUCGUAUCUCUUAUAUUAUAUUUGGAAACAAAGACAAACAAGUAAAGUUGAGUCUUGUUGAUGUGGAAGAUAAUCAUCUUGAUGCUGAAAAUUAUGGAGGAAUAAUUUGAACAACUUUUGAUAGUGGAAAAUUUUCCAACCAUAGACACUUGAUGAUGAUAGUGAUAUAGAAUUGGAUGAUAUAAAUUAUUUUUAGGUUAUGUUGUUUUAAUUAUAAGUUUUUUUAAAUUGUUGUUAUGGGAUAUUUUGACAUGUAAUCAAUUAUUAUGGUUAAUUUUAGGUUAUGUUAUUUUUAUUUUACUUAUAUAAGUAUAUUUUAUUUUUUUUUAAAAUUUAAACAUUGACGUGCACGAAAAGCUUGUGCUAUACGCUUCACUAUUUAUGUUACGCGAUGACAAGACAAAAACGCUAUGAACCAAUGCUACGCGAUUUAAAACACUGAUCACUGGACAAGCAAACAUUCAAUUCGAGCGUGACGACAUGUUGGCUGAAGUGGAUUAGAAUGAUCUGAGCAGUCUGACGGGGUGAAGCUAAUAUGUGGACGGCUAGUUCUGUGGUCCUACCUCAUAACAGUCAACAUGUGGACCCUAUCCUAUAACAACUUUUAAAUGUGAGAACAUCGAAUGACUACUUGACAUCCCGACCUGUGUAUCCUAUCUCAUAAUAGAAAUCAUGCAUUACUUGGCAUUCCGACCUGUGGACCCUACUCGUAACUGCUUUUCGAUCACCAACGGCACGACCUCGUAUGACCUCAUAACAAAUUUCGAAUCUUCGAGAACUUUCUCAACAUAUUUAACAUUUUCAUGUUCUCCCAACGCAUCCUCUGCCUUCCCCUCGCUUUCUCUCAUGGGACGUCACACUCAAAAUGUCCAAAAAGAAAGAGCUCUCCGGCGGAAACUUUUGAAAACCGCAGCUCCGCUAUGGUCGCAGUCGCGGUUGCUGAUGCGCUUUUGCAGCGGCCUCCCAAGCAGCAGCUACGGGCACUUGCAACAGCCGCUGCCUCGAUCCCCACGUUCCCUUGUGCCACUGCCUCGGCCACAUCUGGAUCCUGCCUCGGAAUGGUGCGGCAAACAUAUUAGGUUGGAAUGAGAAGGCUUGAUGCUGACAAAGAUCAGGAAUCUCUGUUUUUCUUUUUCGAUAAACAUCUCAGACAAAACUGAUUCUCUGAUUUGAAUUGUUAAAUCGAAAUUAAAUGCAAACUUCAAUUUCUAUUC